AUGCUUGUGCUCUCUGAAAUUGCCCAACUCAGUUUGGGCCCUGCAAUUCUUGGCGUUGUGAUUUCUUUGGGUGCCUUCUCGGUCAUCGUCCACACACUACUCCAUAACCGGAAAGCCCUAAGUCGCAUCUCUCAGUUGGCAGCGACACCGACGCCCGAAAAGUCCAAGAAAUCUAUUGAAGCAGAGUAUGUGAAGGUAUUCCCGCCUUCGCAGCGUACGACGCUCCAGGAAGUCAACCCGAAGCUUUGGCCCGCUCCCAAGGCAUUCGACUUGUCGGUCGCACCACAGUCUUCAAUUCUCAAGUUGGACGAGGACUACCGACUCGCCAAGCCUUCCAGCUAUGUAUUCAGUGGCUUCAGCGUUGGCGAUAUCCGGGGCCUAGGCAAUUUCCCAAAUUAUGCCGCCAUUUCUGGUGUUCCUUUGCCCUCGCCUGUCAAGAACUUCAAUAUCCAGAAUGCUCUGGCACGGCCUUAUCGGCCAUUCCGAUGGGCCUACCAUCAAACCAUGUCAUACAAGAAGAUGGACCCCGAUUUUUGGAUUGAACUCGAAAACACCUACGUAGAGCGAAUCCGUCAGCGUCAAGAAAUUUACGCAAAGCACGGCAAGGACGUGCUGGACUGGUUGCCAGGAUCCGAACUCGCCUGCAAAGAACUUAUGGAAAUGGUUCUGCAAUUCAUCUGCGCCCGAUACCCGAACCAAUUCGAGCUGAUUGGCAAUACGUUUGUUAAUCACAUCCUCAACACCAAGCAGGAUCUCAGCGCAAUCGACCCUCUUCUCGUUCUCUUGAACAACGUACCUGAAGAUUUCGCCAUGACUCUGCGAGACCCCGAGACCGGUCGAUACGUGUUGCGAGCUGGCGUUGUUUGCUCUUCUGUGGGAUGGAACAUUGGAGAGAAGAUGGGUCUUGGGCUGCCUGCGAUCCAUCGCACCGUGCCCGAUUACAAGGAGAAGAUGGAAUUCAGCAUGGACCGAUUUUUUACCAAGAUGCCGACCUCCAGCCCAAUCCAGAGAGGAUCGUGGGGCCUUGAAAUCGGACAACCGCUCUACUUGCCAUCUGACCAUCCCGAUUUCAGCCACCGAGAAACCCAGAACCCAUCGCUGAAACCAGAGGAUCUUCACCUACGUGUGGACUGGCAAACAUUGCGCCGGCUCCCCCUCUCUGGCGCCAUCGUGUUCAACUUCAAAGCGCUAUUCACUCCUAUUACUGAAUUCCAAGACGAGCCGUACAUUCCAUCCAUUGUUCUCAAGGUUCUCAACGAAGGAAAGGAGAACCUCAUGAAGUACAAGGGUACUUGGCAUGUGGAGCACGUUGCCAAGCCUACUAUGGAGAAGUAUGAGAAGCAGCAGAUUGAGCAGGGUUUGAUUGAGAAAGACUGGAAGGUGCAGACUUUGGACGAGAGUCCGUAUUUUAAGGACUGGGAGAGGAAAUGGAGAUUGGAAUGA